ACAGUAAUGUUAUGAAGAACCUGAAAUAAAUAUAAAAUGAUUAAGAGUUCACACAAACAAGAACUACACAUAGUAAAUAAACUUCUCUUCUUUUGUAUGCAAGUCAACAACAAAUCAUCAUGUACUUCAAAAAUCUACAAUAUCCACAGUUAACAACAAAUUAACCAUGCUUUUUUAGCGCAUAACUUAUGGCAGAGAACAAUACCACACAGCAUCCUACCAAAAACUAUUAUAUGAUUCCUCAAGUCAAAGAUGUCACAAUAGUUCAUAUUUAUACUCUAUCAACCUGCAUCCACAAGACCUACUAAAACAAUGAAGAAUGGCAAAAACCAUUUGUCUUCCAAAAAAGAAGCAACUCAAUCAAGACUUCAAACAUCAAGGCCUUGUCAGACUCCAAACAUCAUUAGCAGCUAACCGAAUCACAGCAAUCAAAGCUAACCGAAUCACAGCGUUAAUGCUAGUAGAACAAUUAUCAGCUGGUUCGCAGGAAGUGAAGGCUGUCGCAGCCCGUGAACUCCGAUUAAUGGCAAAAACCGGGAAGGAGAAUAGGUCUUUCAUUGCAGAGGGUGGAGCAAUCCCAGCUCUCUACCGGCUUUUCCGGUCUACAAAUCCAGUUGCUCAAGAGAAUGCCCUGACUGCAAUAUUGAACAUAUCUAUUCAUGAUGAAAACAAGAGAAAGAUUAUGGAGGAGAAUGGUUGUUUGGAAUUAAUAGUAUAUGUUCUGAGAUAUGGGUUAACUACUGAGGUAAGGGAGAAUGCAGCUGCUACAUUGUCUAGCCUCUCUGCUAUCCAUGACUUCAAGAAGAUGAUUGUGGAUGAGCAUGGUGUUGUUGCAGCACUAGCUGAUUUGCUGAUGCAGGGAAGCCCAAGGGGAAAGAAAGAUGCAGUGAUGGCCUUGUUUAAUCUUUCGACCCAUCCUGAGAGCUGGUCCCAAAUGUUGAAUAUGGGAGCAGUUUCAGCCCUGGCGAGAGCUUUGAGAGAUGAGAUUGUUGCUGAGGAGGCUGCUGGAGCUCUGACAUUGCUUAUGAGGCAUCACAUUCUGGCGCAGACAAUUGCAAGUGAGGAUACUGCAAUCACAAAUCUGGUAGGGUUAAUGAAAAGGGGCACCCCUAAGGCAAAGGAGAAUGCAAUUGCAGCUUUGCAAGAAAUGUGCAGACGUGGAUGAUUAAAUGUGAUACAGAAUGUAGCUAAGAUGCCAAUGUUUAGUGGUUUAAUUCAGACCAUCUUGCUCUGACAUUGUUUACCUGCAUCAGUACUAAAAACUGAUUCCACAGCACACCUUGUUCU